AUGUUACCUUUGUUACAAAGAUCUACCUUAAUUAAAAAUACUAAAAAAAUUAAUUCCUCAUUUAAUAUAUAUAGGACACAAUUAUUUUCAAAAAAAUUUCAAAUUAUUAAAUUUUGUUCUUUAAAUUUAAAUCAUUACAGAUAUAUGAGUUUAUCAAUAAAUAAACGUCAACAUAUAUCAAAUAAUAAUAUUCACACUCGUAAUAAUACUAACUUAACACAAUCAAAUAUUAAAAUGCCUAUCGUUGCCGAAGAAGAAAGUAUUCCAUUAAUUGUAUCUAUUGAUGUUGGAACAACAUCUUCAAGAGUAAUACUUUUUAAUAAACUUGGUCAAGAAGUUUCAAAACAUCAAAUUGAAUAUUCAACAUCUGCUUCUGAACAAAAUUAUACUCCAGCUGGUCGAAGAAGACAUUCAGAAGAAUUAAAGGCUAAUACUUUAGACGAAGUUAAACUGACAACUAAUAAUAAUAUUAAUAUUAAAGAAGAGGAAGAGGAAAUUGAAAAAAAUGAAAAACAUAGCCCAAUUUUUUCUUCUGUUGGUUUUAAAAUUGAAGAAUCACCUUAUCUGACUAUUGAAGAUUUAGUAAAAAAUCAUACAGUUGGUCCAACUUUAAGAUUUCCAAAGCCUGGUUGGGUUGAAUGUAAUCCAACUUCAAUUUUAAUUAAUGUUUUAGAAUGUCUUGGUGCUGUUUUACAAUCAUUACACAAUACUAAUGAAUCAAGAAUAAGACAUGAUUUAAAACCAUAUAGAAUUCAUUGUAUUGGUAUUGCUAAUAUGAGAGAAACUACAAUUGUUUGGUCAAAGAAAACAGGUUUACCAAUUGUUGAUUAUGGUAUUGUAUGGAAUGAUACUAGAAAUGCGUCAAUUGUUAAUCGUAAAAAAGAAACUACUGAUCCAACUUUGCAAAAUAAAUUAACUGAAAAGACGGGGCUUCCUUUAUAUUCAACAUAUUUUUCUUGUUCAAAAUUACGUUGGUUUUUAGAUAAUGUUCCUGAAGUUAAACACUCUUAUUUAAAUAGUGAUCUAAUGUUUGGUACAGUUGAUACUUGGUUAAUAUAUCAUUUAACAAGUACAAAUAAUUUUGUAUCGGAUGUUACAAAUGCAUCAAGAACAGGAUUUAUGAAUUUAGAUACUUUAAAUUAUGACCCUGAAUUAUUAAAAUAUUGGGACAUUGAUCCAACAAAAGUUUCAUUACCAAAAAUCGUAUCAUCAGCAGAAUAUUAUGGUGAUUUUAAUGUUCCAAAAUUUUGUGAAGCAAUAUUACCUCCAACUAUUAAACAAUUACUAUCAAAUUUCGCAUCAUUGAAAGUACCAAUCAAUGGUUGUUUAGGCGAUCAAAGUGCAUCACUUGUUGGUCAGAUGGCUUACAAAAGAGGUGCAGCGAAAUGUACUUAUGGAACAGGUUGUUUCUUAUUAUAUAAUACAGGUACUGAAAAAUUAAUUUCUAGACAUGGAACUUUAACUACAUUGGGAUUUUGGUUCCCAUAUUUAGAAAAUGAAUUUAAUAUCAAUAAGCCGCAUUUUGCAUUAGAAGGUUCAGUUGCCGUGGCAGGUUCGGUAGUUCAAUGGUUAAGAGAUAAUUUACGUCUUGUAGCUAGAGCUGAGGAUGUUGGACCCUUGGCUAGUUUAGUACCAGAUUCUGGUGGUGUUGUAUUUGUUCCUGCGUUUAGUGGGUUAUUUGCACCUUAUUGGGAUCCUGAUUGUAGAGCUACAAUAAUGGGGAUAUCACAAUUUACUACAGCUUCACAUAUUGCCAGAGCUGCAGUUGAAGGUGUUUGUUUCCAAGCUCGUGCGAUUUUAAAAGCAAUGAGUUCAGAUGCUUAUUCAGAAUCAAGACCUAAUACACAUGAUGGUAAAAUCCCAAAGGAUAUCGAUUUAUUGGAAGAUGUAGAUACUUGUACAUAUGAGAAAUCAGUAUUUUCUACACUUUCUGUAGAUGGUGGAAUGUCACGUUCAGAUGAGGUUAUGCAAAUACAAGCAGAUAUCCUUGGUCCUUGCAUUAAAGUAAGAAGAUCUCCAAUUGCUGAAUCCACUGCACUUGGGGCAGCCAUUGCAGCUAAUAUGGGAUUUAAAGAAGAAAAUGAACGUCCAAUGUGGAAAAAUUUACAUGAUUGUAAAAAAUGGGUAUUUUUCAAUGGAGUUGAUAAGAGUGAAACUAUCCCAAGAGAACAACAUCCAAAUUUGAAAGUGUUUACUAGUCGUUCAAAGGAUACAAUCAGAAGAAAACAUUGGAAAUUAUGGGAGACUGCCGUUGCUAGAUCAACAGGUUGGUUAAAAGCUGUAGAAGAUGCUUGA